AACCCAAAAUGGGUGAAAAGCUCAGCCCAUUUGUUUAUUGGGGACAAAAAUCGGAUAUAGUCUCACUAAAAGUGGACUUGAGGGAAGUCAUUGAUCCAAAGGUAGAUAUAACAGAGGACGCUUUGACCUUUUGCAGUGAAGGACAUGGAGUUCAAGGUCAAAAUAGAUACCAGUUCCAUUUAAACUUUUAUCUUCCAAUAGAUCCAGAGAAAAGUAAAUAUAGGAUAACAGAAAGAGGAAUUGAGUUUCACAUAGCUAAGAAAGGAGCUGAAGUAUGGCCUAGGUUGACAGAAGAUAAAGUCAAAUAUGCCUGGUUAAAGAUUGACUUUGAUAAGGUGUAUUAUGAAGAAUCAGAAGAGGAACAAAAUGAUAUGAUAAGCAAUGAAGAGGAAAUGAUGAAACAGUUAGAAAAGGAAUUGAAGUCAAUAGAAUCAGAUGUUCCAGAUUUUAAAAUAGGCUACCUUUUCUUGUAUAAUUUGUUCCAGUUCGUUGGGUUCACAUAUAUAACUGUUGCCUUGAUAAUCAAGUACACAAGGCUUGGUGAGGCUGCACUGAAGACUGGAUUUGAGACAGUGGGAACACAGUUAAUGGUAGUACAAGCUGUAGCUGUCAUGGAAAUUGUUCAUCCUCUGCUGGGUAUUGUCAAAACCAGUGCUAUAGCUCCCUUUUUACAGGUGUUGGGGAGAAAUUUUAGUUUAUUUGUAAUACUUUAUCACGAGCCAAGGUUACAUACAGCACCAGCUGUGUUCUGUCUAUUUUUUGUCUGGAGUGCCAUUGAAUGUUUCAGAUAUCCAUUUUAUAUGUUGUCAACAUUAGGUAAAAAGAUUGGUUUUAUAACAUGGCUGAGAUACACAGCAUGGAUUCCUCUCUACCCUUUAGGAAUAUUACUGGAAGGUACAGUUGGUAUAAUGGCGAUACCUUUAUAUGAAGAUACAGAGAUGUUUACAUUACAAUUGCCUAACUCUGCUAACAUGGCAUUCUAUUUCCCAUAUUUACUACAUGCAUACCUCUUCCUUCUUUUAUUUGGAGGCUACCAGUUGUUGAAUUACAUGUAUAGUCAGAGGAAAAAAGUAAUAGGUGUUGGAAGAAAAAAGAAAUCAGCAUGAAGUAUUGAUCAAAGAUUUAUUUUUGUGACUGUUCAGUCUAUUGUUGUGAAACUGUCAGUAUUUGUUUGAAAUCAUGUAAAUCCAGCAUUUAUAGAACAUUGAUUUUGUUUGUUGAAAAUAUUUGCAAAGCUCUGUCAUUUAAAUUUAGUUUAAAGAUAUUGCUGUAAAUUUCUGUGCAUGUUAGUUGUAUAUGUGCAAUAAUACAAUGAACAUGCAUUUAUUUUUAAGAUUUACCCUUGUCAGUCUGUACGUAUGUACGUAUGUCUGUCCGUAUGUCUCAAAACUUUUACUUAUACACAAUGCUUAUUACCACAAAAUACAGAUCAAGUUUGAAUUUUGGUAGCGUCACUCUAACCAUUCUAGAGUUAUGCCCCUUUAUAAAUGGAAAAAUUACAAAAUUUUUAGUUUCCGUUCUCUAACUUAAGUUUGCCUCAACCAAAUGAUAUGAAACUUAUACAUAAUGCUUAUUACCACAAAACACAGAUUAAAUUUGAAUUUUGGUGGGGUCACUUUAAACGUUCUCGAGUUAUGCCCCUUUAUAAAUGGAAAAAAAUGCAAAAUUUUUAGUUUCCUUUCUCUAACUUAAGUUGCUUCAACCAAAUGUUAUGAAACUUAUACACAAUGCUUAUUACAACAAAACACAGAUCAUGUUGAAUUUUGGUGGCGUCACUUUACGAUUGAAAUAAACAAUUAAUUUCCCCAUAGGCGACAAUGAUAGCCUUUUUCGAGAUACAGACUUCAGAAAGUUGAUUUUUUUAACAAAACCUUGCUAGAAUUAAAGAAAAGUUAUUAGGACAGUAUUUUUUGGUCCAAAAAAUAUAGGUUCAUGUUGCUUUUCUUAGCGUAAUUUGUACUUAUCUCCCAUGCCUAUCAAUUUUGCACUUAAAAAUACGUGUCUCAUCCUAGCGUUUACAAGAUAUCUCAGUUCCGUUAGGGCUAAGGAAAAUAAUUUAUUUGGCCUUUGGUAUAAUGCAGAAUGCACGAAGUCUCUAAUAACAAAAAAUAACGGGCGCACAUAUCAACCAAUCAGGAUUAGCUAUACUCUUAAUUCUGAAUACCAUGUUAUGCUCAUAAAAUGGCUGCGCCCAUAAAAUCUAAUGGUGUAUUGUAACCUUAACCAUUAUCAAGUUAUGCCCCUUUCUAAAUCGAAAAAAUUGCUGAAUUUUUGGUUUCCAUUUUCUAACUUCAAGUUUGCCUCAACCAAGUGUUAUGAAACUUAUACACAAUACUCAUUACCACAAAACUUAGAUCAAGUACAAACUUGGGUAGCAUCACUUUUAUCGUUCAUGAGUUAUGUCCCUUUAUAAUGUUGUAUGCAAGCGGGGGCAUCAUCUGUGUCCAUGGGGACACAUUCUCCAUUUAUUAUUUAAAAGGUUUAUACAGUUAACUACAUAGCAAUUAUUCAUUUUAUAGGCUUAUACAGUAAACGGUUUUCAUACUAUUUGUGCAAGUUUGGAAAGAAAUUGCAUAUAUAGACAUAAUUAUGGAAUGUUAUUGAUCAUAAUUCAUAUUUUGUGAGAAUGUUAAAUGUUACUCAAUUUAUAAAAGGCUUUGUUGGUGUAAUUUGCAUGUAUGUGAUAAAUGUGGCAGAGUUUUAAAUGUUGUUCAAGUGUUGAAACAUUGUUCAUUUGAUACGAUGAGCAGGGUAAUAUGAUUGCCUAUAUUUGAGAUAGGUAUUUUUACACUAUGAAAAUUUUGUUGAUUUUGUAAAUUAUGUGAUCAUAUAUAUAUAUAUAUCCUUGACACAAUAAAUUUGAUCAAAAUAU